GUGCGCGCGGACAAACGGAUUUGUUGUGGAAACAGUCGUCUCUGUGUUUAGAGACAACAACGUUUGAGUUUAAGCGGUGAAGGACCUUCAAACCCAGCGGAGAUGAGUCUGUCUCUGAGAGCUGAGCUCACAGCUGACAAAACCAAGCGUAAGAAGAGGAGAGAGCUCACCGAGGAUCAGAAACAUGAGAUCAAAGAAGCGUUCGAGCUGUUUGACACCGACAAAGAUAAAGAGAUCGAUUACCACGAACUGAAGGUGGCGAUGCGAGCGCUCGGCUUUGAGGUGAAGAAAGCGGAUGUUCAGAAGAUUCUUAAAGACUAUGGCCGAGAGGGAAAUGGCAAAAUAACAUUUGAGGAUUUCAACGAAGUAGUGACUGAUCGCAUCCUGGAGCGAGACCCGAAGGAGGAGAUCAUGAAGGCCUUCAAGUUGUUUGAUGAUGACGAAUCGGGGAAGAUCAGUCUGAGGAACCUGCGACGAGUAGCUCGAGAACUCGGGGAGAACAUCAGCGACGAGGAGCUGCGCAGCAUGAUCGAUGAGUUCGACACUGAUGGAGAUGGUGAAAUAAACCAGGAGGAGUUUCUCACCAUCAUGACUGGAGACUCCUGAUGAGGACACUUCACCUCUGAAGCAGUCUAACGGAAGCUGAGGACAUUUGCUUUGGAUCGGUCAUCCAUACUGAGAGGAACUGAGUGACUGAACAUCUGUGUGUGCAUGAAGGUGAGCAAGCGUCAACACAGACACACAGGCUCCCCCUCGAGGGUCUGAAGUGGACUGACGUUGGACCUGUGGUUGACUGGUUGAUGGCAUGAAAGGACUGAGCGUCUGACAAGUUCAGCAUCGACCACAUCGCUCGAGCCGGUGAAGGUAUGAACUGUUGUUAAUAUCCUGCUGAUCUUUUAUUCACCUUUUACAUGUUUCUGUGUGAUACGAUGUGGUGUAACGUGGAUCGAAGACUAAACCAGCUUUGAUGAGUUAGACGUAGUUAGUUGUAGAUGAUGAUGUUCACCAGGUCUGUGAUUCUGUCUGUGACUCUUUUAGGACUAAACACACAUUUUAUACUGUAGCUGACCGUUUUUGACCAAAGUGCAGUUUAUAUAACGUGAAUGUUUGAAUGUGAUAUUUAUUUUCUACAAAAUAAAUCAGUUUG